AUAUGUUCUAAAUUUUAAAUUAAAUCAGCUUAAAUUACUCUAAACGAAACUUUGGCUUGUCAAUAAGCAACUUUCUAGCUAACAUGCACAAAUACGGCGACAACGUGAGGCGCAGAUAACUCCCCACGGUGAAAGGGUCGGCGGUAAGAAGUAGUCACGUAGGAAGCAGAAGAAGGGGGGCGGCCGAAAAGGACGGAACCCUCAGCGAGCGCGUCUGCGCUGUUUUGUUAUCUCCGAUGGGUUUCAAGAACGUCUUCUUCUGCGUGGUCGCCGGUGUGCUCGCCGUGCUCGCGUUGCGCCAGUGGCGCGUCCGUACCUGGGGCCGUUGCCGGAGCAAGCGCUCCAUGAUCGGCAAGACGGUCGUGAUCACCGGGGCCAACUCGGGUCUCGGUCGGGCCACGGCCAUCGAGCUGGCGCGGCGCGGCGCCCGAGUCAUCCUCGCGUGCCGCGACAUCAGCAGCGGCCUCCUCGCAGCCGCCGACGUUCGGCGGGUGUCGAGCAUCGAGAACGUCGUCAUGCGCUACUUGGACCUCUCGUCCUUCAGCUCGAUACGGGCGUUCGCCAACGGCGUGCUCAAAUCCGAGAUGCACCUGGACGUGCUGGUGUGCAACGCCGGCAUCUUCCAGUGCCCGCUGUCGCUGACGCGCGACGGCCUCGAAAUGCAGAUGGGCGUCAAUCACCUGGGACACUUCCUGCUGGCGAACCUGCUCAUGGAUCGGCUCAAGAACUCCCAGCCGAGCCGCAUCGUGGUGGUCACGUCGAACCUGUACAAGCGGGCCAAGCUCAAGCCGAACGAGUUGCUCAUGGAUGAAACCAACUACGACAAGCGCGUGGCGUACGCCAACAGCAAGCUGGCCAACAUACUGUUCGUGCGCGAGCUGAGUCGAAGGCUUCGCGGGUCGGGCGUGAAGGCGUACGCCGUCAGCCCCGGCAUGGUCUACACCAACCUGGGCCGCCACACGAAGCUGCCCUGGUACCUGAUGAUCCUGCUGCUUCCGUUCGCGCUCUUCGCGGUGCGGACCCCCGAGCAGGGCUGCCAGAGCAUCGUCGACUGCGCCGUGAACGAAGAGUACGAACAGCAUUCGGGCCGAUUCUACUACAACUGCCGGCCCGAGAAGUUGGAGAGCAUCGCCUUGGACGACGACCUGGCGCUCAAGACUUGGGCGGAGAGCGAGAAACUGACGGGCGUCUUGUCGGUGGACGUCAGAGGCUGAGCCCAGCCCGAACGUUGUAGUGUCGUGACUUUGUGAUCGUUGAGUUUGCUGGUUCAAAACUAUUGUGGGCCCUGUGAUCAAACCUGUUGCGAAGGCUUUCAGGACGUUCGCGCCCUUCGCGGCGCCUAGUUUCACGUGUUUAGUUUCACGAUGUAAUUUAUUUCAUGCCUGUUUUUUUUUUUUUCUGUCAUCCCCACCACUAUCAUUAUGGCCACACGGUUACACGCGUAAAAUAAACGUGACCCUCCGUGUCAA